AUGGGAGACCGUGUACUACUGAGAGUUUCUCCUUGGAAGGGCGUAGUCAGGUUCAUUAAACGAGGGAAGCUUGGGCCAAGGUACAUUGGACCAUUCAAAAUCUUAGAAAGAAUUGGUCGUGUAGCAUAUCGUUUGGAGCUACCAGAUGAGCUUAAUGGAGUUCAUGACGUAUAUCAUGUGUCAAAUCUACGCAAGUGUUUAGUUGACGAGGCACAUCAUGUACCAAUGAAUGAGAUCCAAGUAGACGAAAGGUUGAACUUCAUUGAGAAACCGAUUGGCAUUGUAGAUAGAAUGAUCCGGAAACUGAAGAAGACUAAGUAUACUCUCGUUAAAGUGCAAUGGAACAACAGGCGAGGUCCAGAGUAUACAUGGGAGCGAGAAGAUUAG